AUGGACGAGAACAGUCCUGGGGAGAUGACUUGGAGUCGCUGGGAUAUGUGUUGUUGUACUUCGCGCGUGGCUCGUUGCCUUUGGCAAGGGCUCAAAGCUGCGACUGAGGAGAAGAACGAGUUUAUCAAACAGAAGAAGCUAACGAUGCCGGUGACAGAGCUUUGCGAGGGCCUUCCCAGGGAAUUUGCGACAUAUAUUAGCUACACUCGGUCGCUGGGAUUCAAGGACAGACCGGAUUACGCCUACCUUCGUCGACUCUUCGGCAAGGCCUUCUCAGCUCGUGGCUUUAGAUACGAUAACAGAUUCGAAGCUGCCGCGAAUCCACCUGCGCACCUCCUCAUGCCCGGGAACGCUGCAUUUCAUCGCCACGGUCGGUAA